UUUGCUUGAGUGACAGAGGCUGAGGCAACCUGAGGAGGAGCUCUCGUUACCCUCUGCCCAUCACCCCAGCUGAGCCCUGGCCCUGGCCGACCAGCCGCAGAGAGAUGGGACCAUCACACCUGCUCCCCUCACUGGCGCUCCUCUGCUUUUCUCUUAUUCCAAACCAAGUUUGCAAGACAUGUGAGGUAAGUGAAGAAAACUACUUCCGUCUAAACCCUCUGUUGAAUACAAUGACCGAUUCAAAAUAUACCACCGGAAGCCACUCUGCUGAUAUCCUGCUGUCCCUCAGACUUGUUGGGCUCCAGAACCAAACCCUAAUUCAGCCACUCUCUCAACAAGUCAAAAAGGAAGUGAGGAGGAAAGGGUUAAAUCUAAGCUUGGGACGGCUUGCUCUGGUUACCCUGGCUUUGGGAGCAUGUCAAACACCCGAUGAAAACUUCAUACACGAUAAUCAUCUGCUCGGCCAUUUAGAAAACAAACUCCAGGCAGAAAUUGGAAAUAUGAAAGCACAUGAUGGCAGUCCUCUGACUAACUACUUCCAGCUCAGCCUGGGCAUCCUGGCCUUGUGCCUGUUCCAUGGGCAAUACUCCACCACCCAAGUUGCUGAACUCUUUGCUCCUGAAAAUAAAAACUAUUAUUUUCAUGGGAACUUUUCAGUAGAUACUGGGGCAAUGGCUGUUUUGGCUCUGAUGUGUGUGAAGAGAGGUCUAAUAAAUGGACAGACAAAGACAGAUAAAAAGGACUUAAGGAGCAUUGAUGAACAUAUACAAUCACUGGUGGAAAAGCUUUUGUCUGAGAAAAAAGAAGGUGGUCUCAUUGGAAACACGUUUAGUACUGGAAUAGCUGUGCAGGCCCUCUUCAUCGCACCGCACUAUUACAAAGAAAGGGACUGGAACUGCCGGCAGACUCUGGACACGAUACUCAGGGAAAUUUCUCAGGGAGCCUUCACUACUCCAAUUGCGGCUGCCCAGAUCUUACCUACCCUAGUGGGAAAGACCUACUUGGAUGUCAGCAGAGGCUCUUCUUGUGCGAGUGGCUUAGGUAACUUUAACAUCUCCGGUCAUGAGCCUGAGCCCACCACACCUCCUAACUCACCCUCAAAUAUCACUGUCCAUUUCUCUGUGAAAAUCAGGGAAACAUAUUCCACCACUGUCACUGUGCCCAAGGGUUCCGUCUUCCUAGCUGUGAUGGAGGAAGCUCAGAAGAAGAACGAGACUGUCUUUGGUUUCACCGUGGAACAGAGCUCAUGGGGCCCCUAUGUCACUUCUGUUCAGGGCCUGAAGGCCAACAAUAAUGACAGAACCUACUGGGAACUCCGGAGCGGGGGCAGGUCACUGAGCCAAGGAGUGGGUAGUUAUGUUGUCCACGAUGGAGAAAGUUUAGAGAUUCGCUGGAGCAAAUAUUAACAAACUCAGACCUUCGUCUCAUGGACUGCCACAUAGAAAUCGCGCCGUCCUUGGCAUCUACCCCAGUCCCAACAGGACAACCAGCAACCGCCCCAUCUGUCUCCCAUGUUCAAUAAAGACCCACUGGUGUACAAAAGAGCGUGUCC